AUGAACAGAGGCGGUGCUCGUUUGUCUUUGUAUUGGUUUUGGGGAGCAUGCCUGUGUUUGUGCAGUCUACGUUUGGUGGCGUGGGAUGUUUCUUUUCUGCGCUUUUUGUCGCCAGUCACUCUCGCAGACUAUGAGUUCCCUGAAGCUGACCUCUAUGUCGAUCCGGUUAUCCCCGUCAAUCCCUAUCCAAGCCCCGCACUAGCACCACUUUCAAUACGAGGAAAUACAAACACCCAAGCAGCCGAGCCCAAAUCACAACAGGCCGCCGAAUCGUCCCACAAUCAAUCCGAGUCUCGCAGUGACAAUAACACUUUCCAGCAAACGAACAUUAUUCCACAGGGUCGGCAGCUACGUUUCCCGUCCGUCUCCGAUCGCUUGCUUCGGUACCUCGGGAAUGACUGGUCCCUCGACCGAGGUCCGGAGGCUCCGGUGUGGCGGUAUGCAAGGGUUGAUCCCAAUCUGGUGAAACUUUAUCCUCCUUCGGAAAACCACGUUAUCAAAGUCCCUACGAAACUGUCCCUGGACGCACCGUUCGUGGUCGACAUGGUCGCCGCGCGGUGGCAAUUGCGGGAGUUGGUCACCAACAGGAGUGUCGCCGCCACGCAACAAUACUUUUUCAAUGCCGUAAAUUCCAUUUUCUACGGAGUUGAUUUGCAGGAAUGGAAGUACAAUCGAAACGCGGUGCCCAUUUUCGCGAACAUGGCGAGUCCGGACGCCAUGGAAGUAUCGUCCAUAGUACGGUACCCGCAAUGGACGUGGGCUCGACGGCGAGACACGAAUGCAACCGAAAGCAAUACAGCAACGGCCCACCGCGCCGGCACAGAUAAAGUUGGCAACGAACCAACACCAACAUCACCUCCACCGCAACCGAUUCUGUGGAACCCCUUUUCCAGCCUUCGGCACCGCAAACAGAUAAUGGACAGUACCACUAAUACGGACGUGGAUUGGCUGCAAAAGCAAAACGAGGCACUUCUCACGCAAUCUUGCCUGUCCAAGCCGAAAUGCCAAUCAAUUGCCACCCCUUUGUCAAUACCCAGCAAUAUACCCCACCUCCUAUUGACUGCCGCACCCCGGAAAGGAUACCGCUCCAAAGUGCUGGUCCUUCUUCCCGCUCUCGAUCGUGAGGAGCUUGUUCGGGCAUUGCUUUCCCAGUCGGUUGUACUGAUGCCCGUUCCUGUUACCACUUCCUGGUUGAUGGAAGAUCAACUGGAACCGUGGGUACACUACGUUCCCCUGGCAGCGGAUUUAUCCAAUCUGGAAGGACAGAUGAAGUGGGUAUGGGCGAACGACCACGCCGCCCGCCGCAUCGCCGAGCGAGCUACCGUCUGGAUUCACGACUUGUACUUUCAUGAAAACGCAACCAAGGACAACGAGUAUUUGCAGCGCGAGAUCCUCCGCCGAUACAAGGCCCUCUUUCAGCCACUCACCGUGUCUUCAGACUCUACUGUUGGCAACGAUCCCAUUGUGAAACCCCGAAUGAGUGCGCCGACCAUCUUUACCGCUGGAGGACAAUCUGCCAGUGAGAUUAUUGCCGCAUCUCGUCGUGUAAAGGCCGACCCGCAGUCUAACAUCACCGGCAGUGCAACUUUGAAAACAGCCGUGUGCUACAAGACUCUGUUCGGUGCGGUAGACCUGGAGCGUUUCACCCAGUGGGUCGCCUACAAUCACCUCUUGGGCUUCGACCACGUCUUUGCGUGGUACCUUCCCGGGCUGCGUCACUACGAUGGUUUUGAUACGUUGGCGAAUCUACCUUACACGAUACCAAUACUAACCGAAGAGAAACCCGGCUACGAAAUUCUUCACGGUUCGGGUGAUCAAAGAGCAGUGGAGCGGUUGUGCCUUCGUGAGACGGCCAAAGACUAUGACUGGGUCAUGUUUGCGGAUGCCGACGAGUAUUUGUGGUUCCACGAAAACAUUGGUCUGAAAGAGUUUAUUCACAGGUACGGUGGAAACAACACGUAUUUGUCCUUUGGUAAGAAAAUGUACACAAGGACCCACAGUGUGGAUGAUCGCGACAGCGGAUUCGGCUUGGACAUGUACCCAUUCAACGCUGGCCCGUUCUGCUCGGUACCGCCGGACACCAAAGGCAGCUCGUGGAGCGCACUACGAACAAAAUAUUCUCUCAGUAAUCCCGUGUGUCCCAUGCAUUUUGGCCGUUCCAAAGUCAUUGUGCAACCCCGAGCACAUGAUCGUGUGGGCGUGCACGGCACUCACUACCCUCGGUCCGACCGAAAGUCGAUUCACUAUUCCGUGCACGUAGCGCAUUUCAAAGAAUGGCCGAAACUGUUUGAUGAGGUUGACACCCGAUUACAAGGCCGUAUGAACUUCACCGUCUUUCGUAACGAAAGUCUCAGUAUUCAUGCUCUCGAGAAUGGUCACCAAUCCAAUGCGGAUGGUUCCUAUACCAUAUUCUACGACGACCGGUUACAUGAUUGGUUCGAGUUCGUGGCCAAGCGUGCCGACACAUCGAAUCUUGGAAUGACGGAAAGAUGA